AUGGAGGAGGAAUAUAGACACGGGAUGACGGCAGUCAUACUUGUCAGUCUGAUAAACGUGUUGGGUUUAUAUUUAGUUGUUAUUGGAUGCAUAUCGGUGAUAUCCAGAGCGGAAGGACUUGUGAUAUACAGGGAUUCCUCAUAA